AUGGCUCCGAACGACCACAUCCUCAUCGUCGGGGCCGGCGUCCUCGGCCUAACAACCGCCAUUCAAAUCUCUCUGGCCGGCCGCAAAGUCACUCUCCUCGCGCGCGAUCUCCCCGGCGACUUCACCAUCGACUACGCCUCUCCCUGGGCUGGCGCACACUUCCGGCCCUCCCCUGCACGCACAGGCCCCGAACAACUCGAGCAGCAGCUCAUGCGCACCACAUACGCGCAAUUCGAGGAGCUGGCGACGACUCGUCCCGAGUGCGGCGUGCAGUUCGUGCCUGCGAUUGAGUACUUUGACGUUGCGGAUAAGGAGACCUUCCUGGCCAAGGAGAACGGGUAUAUCGAUUGGCCUGAUUUUGAGGUUUUGGGGGGAGGAGGAGAUUCCGUCGGGACAGAGAUUGGGGUUGAGAGGAGUUGGAUUCUGAAUUCGCCGGUCUAUUUGGAGUGGUGUCGAAGGUGGGCGGUGGAGCUGGGGGUUGAGGUGAUUCGUGCGGGAGUGGCGUCCUUGGAUGAGGCUGUGGAGGUGUUUCGAAAAGAGAGGCAGAGGACGGUGAACACGAAGGAAGGAGAAGAUGGUGGUGGUGGUGGUGGUGGUGGUGGUGGUGGUAGGAGUGAUGUGAAUGUUGAUGUUUCUGUUUGCGCGGUGGUGAAUGCGACGGGGAGGGGAUUCGAUGACCCGGAUUCCUUCCCUUCAAAGGGACAGUUCAUCAUCGUUUCGAAUCCCUGCGCGCAGACGAUCAGUCAUCACUGGGCCGAUGGUUCUUCAACGGUGAUUGUUCCUCGUCCGCUGGGCGGGGAAACGGUCAUCGGCGGCACCAAGGAGCCGAAUAAUUGGUCCGAGGAAGUAUCCGACGAGGCGACCGAGACCAUUCUCAAGCGCGUCGCGAGUCUCUGUCCACAGAUGGUCGAGCAGAGCAAUUCCUCGACGGCCAAGACACAUAGAUUCGACAUCAAACAGGUGUACGUGGCUCGUCGUCCGAUGCGACGCGGUGGUCUGCGUCUGGAAAGGGAGACUCUCCGUGAUGGAUUGCCGGUUGUCCACUGCUAUGGUGCGGGCGCCAGCGGGUUCAAGAUCAGUUGGGGAGUGGCUCAGCAUGUCGAGGCUUUGCUUGAGCAGGUGUUGGACCAGAGCUCUGCUUCAGGGCACUAA